AUGCCCAAACCGGCGAAGAGGAAACAAUCUUCAAAUGCGUCUCGCUUGGACUCCCGUACCCCUAGUGCAGGGCCCGAAGGACCACGGAAAAAAUCGAAAUCUACUGUCUUAAGCGAAGAGACAACAACCGAAAAACAAGCGGAUCCUUCCAGUGAAUCUCCCUCGUCCACUUCUGAGGGACCCGCCCUAGUGUGCGCCUCGAUGACCUGCACCGGGGGGAGACUUGGAGGGGCGUACUUCAACCCAGAAACUUCGAUUCUUUACCUUCUUGAAGACACUAUGGAUAGCUUCCAUUUUGACGUGGCCCGCAUGUUCCUCGAACAGGCCAAACCCGAUAUUGUUAUCGCCCCUUCUCGGGCGGAUGAGCGCUUUCUGUCGGCUUGCAGGGACUACAUGGAAGAACACGGAGGUACAUUCCAAGUACGACCUCAUAGAGAAUUCGUACCCGAGAAAGGACGAGACAAGAUGCUUUGUUUGAAUCUCUUUUCGCACGCCUCCUACGAUAAUUCCGAAACUUCUGAUUCGUCUACUUCGAGGAACGCUUAUGACUUCAUGAAGAAGAGAGCGGUUCAAAUUGAUCCGACCGUUCAGCAGCGACUGGCCCGUGUUCGCUCGGCGAACUACUCUUACGAUAUAGCUCCGUUAUGCUUCUCAUCUGCGGGAGCGCUCCUUGAUCACUUGUGUCGGGCCAAAAUUGCUGGAGAUCUGCAUAACGAAGGAAUAAGUAGUCUUGACAUUCGUUCUAUUGAGCCGCUUGCCAUGAGCGAAGUAAUGCAAAUCAAUUCUGAUGCGUUAUCCUCCCUCCAAAUUUUCGAGGACGAAGACCACGCCUCAGUACACUCUGACCGUUCUAAGGAGGGUCUUUCGCUUUUUGGGAUAUUGAACUUCACCAAAACGAGUUUGGGGAAAUCGCUUCUGAAGCAAUGGUGCCUUCGACCUCUACUUUCGAUCUCCACCAUCACAAAGCGACACGAUGCUGUUGAAUGUUUCAUUCGAGGGGAGAACUUGAAUAUCUCGGACACGAUACAUACCCACCUCAAGGGUCUCAAGAAUGCCCCUCGCUGCAUCGGGAUUAUAAAGGCAGGGAAGGGGAAUGCAAGUGAUUGGCAGGCGAUCGUUAAGGCCGUUUUUCAUUUCAGUAUUAUGGCAGAGGUCGUUAGCGACCUUUCCAAUUCCAAGCACGUAGCCAUUCUGCAAAAGGCUAGUUUUCCGUCAGCUUCUUCUACUUCUACUGAGCCUUCACGCCAGCUGACGGCUUCGGUUGAUGUGGUCAACUUGCGAGAAAUGGGGGCAUUGAUUAACGAGACCAUCGACUGGGAGGCCUCCGAAAAUGAGCGUCGAAUUUGUGUGCGCCAGCACAUCGACCCCGAACUCGAUGAAUUCAAGAGAAUAUAUCAUGGCCUGGACAGCCUGCUUUCUAAAGUCGCGCUCCAAGUCAGGGAAACCGUUCCUUAUGGAUGGGCUUCGUCGUUGAACGUUUUGUAUUUCCCUCAACUUGGAUACCUCAUCUCUGUACCUUUAAGGGACCAAUGGAAGCACCAGUCGGACUUCGAGGUGGUCGAAGGAUGGAAGCAUCAGGUGUGUGCUGAAUCGGUGGGAGGAUUCCAAGCGCAACAGUGCUUGCACUGGAUGAUUUCUUGCAGCGAAAUCGAGAUUAUUCAUCAACUACAAAACAACGUUUUACCGUACCUCAAGAAUUUGCUUCUGACGUGCGAACUUUGUGCUGAAUUAGAUUGCUUAUUGUCUUUCGCUACUGCAUCUCGCCUAUACGACUAUUGCCGUCCUGAAAUAGUGCACGAGAACGUUAUUGACAUAAGGAAAGGACGGCAUCCACUCGUUGAACAACUUUCAGAUCUCUUUGUGCCUAAUGAUUUAUACCUCGUUGGAGGUCGUGAGAUCUCCGCCGAAAACCCCGAAGCCGAGGUGGUCGAAGAGGCUUCGUCCGCGCUUCAACAUCCUGAACACCGCAGUGUGAUGAUAUGUACAGGAGCUAAUGCUUGUGGGAAGAGUGUGUACUUAAAGCAGGUACUAAUAUUUUGUAUCUCCUUGCAUGUUUUUGUCCCGGCAGAGUCUGCACGUUUGGGGGUCAUAGAUAAAAUUUUCACGCGUCUUCAAACCACGGAAUCGGUAUCAAAGAUUCAAUCGGCUUUUAUGAUCGACCUCAAUCAGGUGUCCCUGGCCCUUCGCAACGCCACAGCCCGCAGUUUGGUACUUCUCGAUGAGUUCGGGAAGGGGACACUCUCUACAGAUGGUGCUGGUCUUUUCUGCGGCGUUAUUCAGCACCUCCUUCAGUCUUUUAAUGAUCAAAACAUCCGUUCCGAUGGAACGCCCAAAGUUCUCGCUGCUACUCAUUUCCACGAAGUAUUCACAACAGGACUCAUAGAUAUGUCUCUUCCGAUCCGAUUUGUACACAUGGAGGCCAUGCUGACCAGCGGAGGAUCUGAGAUCAGUCAGGUACUCGGCUCGACCGCUCAUGGCCAGGCAUUCGAUGAUGACGGAAACAAUGUGAACAUUCAUUACUUGUAUCGAGUGGCGGAAGGGUUGUCAAUGACGUCCUCCCAUGCGACAAAGUGUGCUUUAUUGUACGGCAUUCCCAGACGCACAGUAGCCCGUGCGGAAUACGUUAGUGAUAUUGUUUCACAUCAUCACAUUGAUGCCUUGCUGGAUGAAGAAAUGACGGAAACGGAGAAAAUAGACUUAGAACAUGCUGAAGAGGUGUGCCGAGCGUUCUUGGAGUGGGAUCUUGAAAAUGGGGAUGAAGAUCAAAUACACGUGAAGGAGGAGUUAAAGCAGAUUCUUGAGGUCUGGAUGUCUUAG